CCUGUAUUAAAGGGCAGAGAAUCGUCCGGUUGCUGCUGUGCUCGUCUAAGUCGUCUUCUUCUUCGCCUUCCCCUUCCCCUUCCCCUUCCCCUCUCUGUUUUCUCCCUCAAAAGGCAAAGGCGAGAUCUUGGAAGGCUUUUUGCGCUCAAGUUCUUCGCUCCGCAUCCACUUUACUUGAUUCCAGUAGGAAGAAUAAAAAGAGGAAUCUUGGGCGAGAUUCUCCGAAUCUCCGAUCCCACCUCUUCUGCGCCGGCGCAGCCCAUGGCGAUCAGGAACGCCGCAGGAGAGGAAGAGCCCCUCCUCAUCGAGCAUCGCCGAUUCGAACUCCUCCGUGCGACCUCCAAGUCUUCCUCUCAGCUUGCUCUGGUCGGCUCCAGCGUCUCCGCCAUAGAAAGCCUCGACUACGAGAUCGUGGAGAACGAGCUUCUCAGCCAGGAUUGGCGGGCGCGCGGGGGGCGGGCCAAUGUCUUCGAGUACGUGCUCCUUAAAUGGACUCUUUGCUUCCUAGUCGGCAUGUUGUCCGGCUGCGUCGGGUUCUUCAACAACAUUGCUAUCGAGAACAUCGCCGGCAUCAAGUUCGUCGUCACCUCCAACAUGAUGCUUGCCAACAAGUACAUGUGGGCGUUUGGGGUAUUUGCAUCUUCUAAUUUAGUGCUGACGAUGUUUGCUGCGGUCAUCACCGCUUACAUCGCUCCGGCGGCGGCCGGAUCUGGGAUACCGGAAGUGAAGGCUUAUUUGAAUGGCAUUGAUGCGCCUGAGAUAUUCUCUUUCAGAACUCUUCUUGUCAAGAUAGUUGGAAUCAUCAAUGCCGUAUCAGCUUCACUCCAUGUGGGUAAGGCAGGUCCGAUGAUGCAUACAACAGCCUGCAUUGCUUCUUUGUUGGGGCAGGGAGGAUCUCGCAAAUACGGCUUGACAUGCCGGUGGCUUAGGUACUUCAAGAAUGAUAGGGACAGGAGAGAUCUAGUAACAUGUGGAGCUGCAGCUGGGAUUGCUGCUGCCUUCCGUGCGCCAAUUGGUGGAGUGAUCUUUGUUCUUGAAUCAUUAGCAUCAUGGUGGAGAUCUGCACUUCUCUGGAGGGCAUUUUUUACAACAGCUGUAGUUGCUGUUGUGCUUAGGGCCUUUAUAGAUUUCUGCAAAAGUGGAAAGUGUGGCUUAUUUGGAAAGGGAGGCCUUAUAAUGUUUGAUGUAACUGCAGCUAAUGUUGCCUAUCAUGUAGCUGACAUACCUCCAGUGAUUGUUCUCGGAGUCAUCGGUGGCAUACUAGGGAGUUUUUACAAUUUUCUCUUGCGCAAGGUUCUUCGAAUUUACAAUCACAUUAACGAGAAAGGUCCUGCAUAUAAGCUGUUUCUUGCUGCUUCUGUGUCCAUUUUUACAUCUUGUUGUCUAUUUGGUCUACCAUGGCUGGCAUCCUGUAUACCAUGCCCUGGUGGCAUAUCUGAAGCUUGCCCGUCAAUAGGAAGAUCUGGAAACUUCAAGAAGUUUCAAUGUGCACCUGAUCACUAUAAUGAUCUAGCUAGCUUGUUCUUCAACACCAAUGAUGACACAAUAAAAAAUCUGUACAGCGCUGGUACGGAUAGGGUCUUCAACAAGUAUUCUAUUCUUUUGUUCUUUGUUACUUCUUAUUUUCUAGGAAUUUUGAGCUAUGGUAUAGUGGCUCCUGCUGGUCUGUUUAUUCCUGUUAUCUUGACCGGUGCAACUUACGGUCGCCUAAUCGGAAUGCUUAUGGGCUCAAAAUCAUCUCUAGAUCAUGGCCUCUUUGCGGUGCUUGGUUCUGCCUCGUUGCUAGGUGGAUCAAUGAGAAUGACCGUAUCCAUAUGCGUUAUCCUUCUCGAACUAACAAACAAUCUCCUUUUGCUUCCUCUGGUGAUGUUAGUUGUGCUCAUAUCAAAAACUGUGGCCGACUGUUUCAAUACUAGCAUCUAUGACACCCUUAUCAAACUGAAAGGAUUUCCUUUCCUUCAAGGGCAUGCAGAGCCUUACAUGAGACAGCUUACUGUUGGUGAUGUAGUCACAGGUCCCUUACAUGUCUUUAAUGGUUUGGAGAAAGUUGGUAAUGUAGUUCACAUCUUGAAGACAACUGGUCAUAAUGGAUUUCCUGUGAUAGAUGAACCUCCAUUUUCUGAGAUUCCUGUACUCUAUGGCCUAAUUCGUCGCAGUCAUCUUCUAGUGCUGCUGAAAAAAAAGUGUUUUCUGCCUUCUCCCCUUUCUGUUCAAGUUAAUGAGUUUGAGCAGUUAUCAGCUGAUGACUUUGCUAAACGUGGCUCAGUUAGGCAUGAAACAAUAUAUGAUAUUGUUUUCACAGCUGAAGAGAUGGAAAUGUUUAUUGAUUUGCAUCCAUUUACAAAUACUUCACCAUAUACUGUUGUUGAGUCUAUGUCACUGGCAAAAGCUCACAUACUUUUCCGUGAAGUUGGUCUAAGACACCUGCUGGUUAUUCCGAAGUUGCCUUGUAGGUCGCCUGUGGUGGGAAUAUUGACGAGGCAUGAUUUCAUGUUUGAGCAUGCAAACCAGUUAUAUCCUUCUCUGAUUGGAGGCAAGGCUAAGUUAUUUCAGUUCAGGAAAUCAAGCGUCAUCAAAAUGUUUAGGUCCCUGCAGUGAUAAAAAGAGAAAUUUUGGAUGAGAAUAAUCUUCAUCUGAAUUUCAUCAAGAUGAACUUUAUAACUAUCAAAUUUAUUCUGAGAUAAAUGUAUUAUAUGAUCUAUCAAUCAAAAUUUAUAUUUUAAUCAUCUCAAAUAAA